AUGAAGGACAAGCAGCAGGAAGCGCUGCCACUUUCCUUUCUCGACCAACAACCACAUAUCCGCGUAUAUGGCCGCUACUACAUCAUAUUUUCAUUUCCCGAUCUCAGCCAUGCGGAAGCUGCAGCCAAAGCACUGCAUACAGGCUUCAAAGAGGUUUUGAGGCGAUUCCCCUACCUCGCUGGCACAGUGUGCACGACGGACACUACCCACAAAGGUCUCGAGGUACUCUUUCCUUGUCCUUUAGACCUAGAAGCAGAGGCAUCGCGCGUUUUCACUGUGAGCCUUGACAAUGCCACCAAUGCCUCGUAUGACUAUGAUGAGCUGCAAAAGACACAUUUCUUGCCCGAGCUUUUCCCAGCAAAAGACUUUUGUCCUGCUCUGAUUAAGCAUCAUCCUUCACUAGAAGAGGGCGAUCACUUCGCACAGGGUUUCACACAUCGAGAGAAGGACUCGCUCCCAACCUUUGCUGCCCAAGCGACUUUCAUCCCAGGCGGUUUGGUAUUGAGUGUCUGGUUCCACCAUCCUGUCAUAGACGGAUCGGGGAAUGCGAGAAUUCAAGAGGUGUGGAGCGCGGCCGUGAGGGGAUUGACAGAGUGCAACCAGGACGGUGGGCGUAAUGGGGAUAGCUACAUCUCGAAAGCAGACGACAGCACUUCAGAUGCUUCGCUCGCUCGAGCUGCGCUCGCCAGCCUAGCACGUGAACCGACACCACGCGAUCUGGCUACUUGUUCCACCCAGGGAGACUUGACUAGGGAGAACAUCAAGGAAAAAGUAGGCCCACUCCGCAAGACACCAUACAAGGUCAUCACCAAGCUGUUCCGCUUCCGCAAAUCAGCCAUCAGCCAGCUGAGUAGCACUGUUUCUGGCCUCAACAAGAAAUACACAUCGCACUUUGCUGCUCUCGCUGGACUGAUCUGGGCCAGUGUCAUUCAAGCCCGCCUGCCAUCGCUCAUCGCUUCGGGCAACACAAAAUCGACACUAGCCGUCGUCAUCGACCUCCGAAAACACGUCCAAGCCCCAUUCUCGUCUCCGGACUACCUGGGAAAUCUGGUUCUCUCCGAGACGCCCACAUGGUCCUUUGACGAGCAGCUCGGCGACCAAGUCGACAAUGACGUAGGAUUUCUGGCCAAGGCCUCGCCAGGCUAUCAGCGGAACGGGCGGAUACCCACUGCCAGCGCGCCUCGCCUCAGCAUGGACACGUCAGACCUCGCAAUCUUCGUCAGCAAAAUCUCCGACUCCGUGGCCAAGGUCAACCACGAAUGGGUCGCGACGCAGUUUCACCGCGUCAUCACUGAACCGGGUAGCACCCAGCAGGCUCUCCUCGUCUACCCCAACGGCCCGGAUCUCUACAUCACCAGCUGGCAGCACAUGGGCGUCGACCGCGAAUGGUGCAUCCCCGGUGCGGGCGACACGCAGCCGACGGCGAUCCGGCGCGCGGCGUGGACCUUCGAGGGCGGCAUCGUCGUGUUGCCGAGGAAGAAAGACAGGGCAGACAGGGAACCAGAGCCCUACGAGGCCAUGGUCAGCCUUGCUGAAGAUGACAUGAAGGCGCUCGAGCGGGGACUUCGAGACGGCCACUGGCUGAUGGACACUACGGCUUGA